ACAUUCAAUGUUUUUAAGCAGUUGGAACUCCCCAAAUUUCUGAAAGAGCACCUCGUAUUGGCCAGAGAUGACAAUAAUGACGAAGAGCUAUGAUUAGGGACUUUGCUCGGAACCUCUUGAAUACAUUUGAAGGAAAAUUUACGUCGGACACCGAUGACUAUUCCCUCAAACAUGAGUGGAGAAAGCUUGCGACAGGACAUGAAAAGCUUCUUUUUGCUCUUACGGCUCCACAUCCUUCUAUGAACGAGGCCACGACCCGACAUGGAGUAGAUUCCCUGCUACACCAGGUUGUGAGGGUGGUGAGCGAGAAGCAGAAAUCGGAAGGCGAGAAAGGCAGCGUGGGGUAUCAGCAUGAGGUACCAAUGGCGAUGAGCAAGACGUACACGAAGGUGCCAUUCUCUGCUGGCCACGAGUUGACAUGCGAUGGCCAGGCCACCUACCGACUACAUGUGAUAAAUCGAUUAGCUAUCAAGAAAUUUGCAGCUCAUAACAAUCUCUUAACCGAGGUUACGAGCGCCGCGCGGCUUUCGCUGAAUUGUGAUGACCUGUGCAUGCUAGUCAUCGAGUAUCAGAAGAGCGACCCGACUGCUGCUGUCCAACAGCUCCUAAUGGAUUUCGCAGCAAUUCUGAGACACCGAAAAUUACUCGGCUUCGGGUUGGAAUAUCUCAUGGGGAUUGUAGGCAGCCACAAGGCGUCUAAUGUCUAUGAAUUAACCUUUUACCUUGGGACACUGACUGAUGAAGGAUAUGUGCGCCAUUGGGAUAUAGACACUUUGAACAUCGCCAACCCGGCUGGACUGCUUCAGUCUUAUGUGUGGAUGAUCAAUGGGCUAUCUACAUUCACCGCAUAUGCCAAAACCUGGGACUUUGAUAGCACCGCACCUCGCGACUUACCGGAACUUUUGUGGAGAGCUGAUCGUUCUGGUGGAUCAAAGGGCUCGGCAGAGCAUUCACGCAAACGCAAACGCAGUGACAGCCAGGGACGUCGAUCAUCCGGCAGCGGUCAUGAGACUGGUGGUGGUGGCGGCGCUGACAACGACAUGAGAAUGGAGGAGAUGGAUAUGUCAGGCGCUGAAGUAGAGUCUGAAGAGGACAGGAGUGAAGAGUUGAUGGACAAUAGUUACGGACAGAGAAUGGUGACGAUGGUGGACGAAAAUGGAAUCUCAUACAAGGUCCCGUACUACACCCCAUCAGAGCUGGCUCGGUGUGCGGAUGAAGAAUACGAUGAGGCCGUUUUCGAAGCUCGAGAGCGGAUGUGUGCGCAGCAAGAUGAAAUAUCAUCAAUUGAUAAGACACGGCGUUACUUGGACUCUCUCAGGACGGAUGGUAGUGCGCGGUUCUUGUCAGAUUCUGCCUAGGCUGUACGAUUUGUUAUCGUCUGAUAAUGCCUGCACACUAAAGGGCAGCCUUAGGCCCACCCCAUCUUCAGGACUCGAUGGCCCACCGCUUCAUCUUAUAAUGCCAGACACCACUGGGGGCCGGCCCAUCCGAAAGUUACAGACAUGCGGCACUUACAAAGGACAUCCAAUAAGCAGACUGAGAUGUUCGUUGUGUUUCUGCUCCACUACAACGACCUCAGCUUCAAUAGCAAAUCAUACGUAUUGUCUAUUGACAAACAAGAGGUCGUAUUAAACGAUCGGGGUGAACGAAAUCUGGAUCACUACGUCGAGUUUGGUAUAUUAUGUAAAUGGCUGCGUCCCGCGUCCG